UGAGACGGAUUGUAGCAACGUGAAAAAUUGAUCGUUGUUUUUAUUGUCUGACUCAGGACGAGUUCACCCCGACAAAACGUACUUAAACAUUUAUUUAAACGGAGACGCCUCAUCGCCUUUUCAGAACGGUGUGUUUACAUACAGGUCACUGCUGAUUGGCUAACACCUCUGACACGCCCACCAAACGGGAGAUAAACAUACCUUAGAGCACGUUCGCAUCGUUUCACUGCAGCAAACCUGGCAAAACGUUUUCGAACUGAACACGUCUGUCAGGUGGUGGGAGGGGCUUAUCUGAGCAGGUUGUUUCUUGUUUCCUGCACUCUGUGAUCAGCUGUUCACACUGUUGUUGUUUUUCAGCUGGUGGUAGUAAAAAUCAGCUGACUGUUGGAAUCCUGCUGCUGCGUGCUGAUUGGCUGCUGAAUGCAGUUGUCAUGGUGAUUCUCAGCGACUGCGUGGCAUCAUGUGAUUCACUGAUUGAUAAAUUAAUGAAUUAAUGUGUCAGACUGACGUCACUGUGAAGCCAAGCAGGGCAGCAGUGAUCAUGGGGGAUAAUGAGUGUGUAUAGACAUUUUAAUGUGUUGGAGGCUCCUCCCCCUGAUGACAUCACUGCUCUGUCAGCAUAAAGCAGCAGCCUCGCCUCCGGCAGACAGACGGCGUCAUGUGGUGUCGAGGUUUCCUGCAGCAGAUGGUCAGAUCCACCAGAUCCUUCCGAUCCACGUCCAGCAGCAGCCGGGCGGGCAUCCUCUUUGAUGUGGACGGCGUCCUGCUGCGUGGCGGCUCGGUGAUUCCGGCCGCUCGACGUGCUUUCCGGAAGCUUCUGGACCGAAACAACAACUUCUUGUUUCCUGUCGUCUUUGUUACCAACGCAGGAAACUGUCACAGACAUCACAAGGCCCAGCAGCUGUCUCACCUGCUCGAUGUCCAGAUCGCCCCGGAGCAGGUGGUUCUUUCCUACAGUCCUUUGGGAAUGUUGAGGAGCUUCCAUGAUAAAUGUGUCCUGGUGUCUGGACAGGGACCAGUGGUGGACAUCGCCAACACUUUGGGUUUUCAAAAGGUCGUGAGCAUCGAGCAGCUCAGAGAACAUUACCCCCUGCUGGACAUGGUGGACCACAACAGGAGACCCAAACUACCUUCAUCUCCUCUGCAGACUCCUCCCCAAAUAGAAGCGAUCAUCCUGUUUGGCGAGCCAAUCAGAUGGGAGACUAACCUGCAGCUGCUGAUCGACGUGCUCCUGACCAAUGGGAGUCCGGGUUGUGUGUACGACCCUCAGCUGUCGGCCCAGCUGCCGGUCCUCGCCUGCAAUAUGGACCUGAUGUGGAUGGCAGAGGCGCCAUCACCACGGUUUGGUCACGGGAUGUUCCUGCUGUGUCUGGAGUCUGUCUACAGGAAGCUGACGGGUCAAGAGCUUCAGUACCAGGCGCUACUGGGAAAACCCAGUCUGCUAACAUACCAGUACGCCGAGCACCUGCUGAGUCUGCAGAACCACAACCACAAGCUAACCACCAUCUAUGCUGUCGGGGACAACCUGAUGACAGAUAUAUAUGGUGCUAACCUGUACAACCGGUACCUUACUCAGCAGCACGCCGCCAUGACAAGCACUACUAAGCUUGUUGCCCAUGGAACAGGGAGUCAGGUGACGAUGGCGGUGCCGGAGGAGGAGCUAAUCUCUGCUGCUGCAGCACAGUGUCGCUCCAUAUUGGUGUGCACAGGUGUCUAUAACCCUCACUCCCCGUUGCCUAGCGACCAAAGUGGCACAUUCAUGGAGACGGUGUUCCACGGUCACAGAGACUUGGUUCUGGAUCCAGACCUGGUGGAGCCGAGUCAUGUGGUGGAGGACGUGGAGGCCGCCGUCGACGUGCUGCUUCAGCAGGAGAGCGCCGUCACCUCUGACACCUGACCUCUUGACCUCUGACCCUCACAUAGACACUACAUGAGUUUGUUUGGGAGACUCUCGAUGGACUGCUAGGACCUGCAGGGUCACGUGACCAACGGAGACAGCUGAAGGCUUAAAUUUGCUAAUUUCCUGUAGCGUUGUUAGCUACCUGUACCAUUAGCUGGUAAUCAGAGAAGAAGAAGAAAACACACCUGUAGAACAUUAGUGAAACUCUGUUUAGCAUAAAGAAUACACAGUCGCAGGAAAAAAAAUGUGAACCCUUUGGAAUCACCUGGAUUUCUGCAUAAAUGGUCAUAAAAUGUGAUCUGAUCUUCAUCUAAGUCACAACAACAGACAAACACA